GUGCCCCGUGGAUUUCCGUAUUUCAAACGUACAAAUUGUCCUAUCAUGUUAUGUUUUAUAUAUGGUUGGCAGUAAUGAUGAGAUCAUAUGAAAAAAAAUCAUGCCACUAACUAAAUCCGCGUGCUUCGCUCGAGCUAAUCGGCAAGCGCCGGUGAGUACUCAAGCGAGUAUGAUCUGCAGCGCUGGGGACAAAGUCCCACCAAGAGCUUGGAACCACGCUAGAGAGGCCAGGAUGUCAACCCGGGAUCGGGUCCCUUCGAUGUGCCCUGGACACCAAAAAAAAACAAGAGACCCUCACCUAGCACGGUGCGCAGUACGAGACACAGUGCGUCAAAGUGCAGGUUGCUGCUGCCAGGCUUGCGCUUCAUGGCUUGCGACUUUCGCAUGCAUCUUCGUUUCAUGCGGCAUGGUCAGCGGGGUGCAGUUUGUGAGGCCUGUGCGUAUUUCAGCUGGUUGUAAACGCGCCGAAGUGCUUUUCGAUUUUCCGGUGAAGACCGGACAGAGGCACGAGCCUGUCAGGCACAAGUCGAAGCAAGCCACAAUAUGUAUCGUUCCCAAAGACCGAAUAAUGGAUCUAAUAGUCAGGGAGGAAGCUGGGAGAUAACUGUGCUUCACGCAACACAACAUCAAAGAUCACCAACAAGCAGCACAAACAAUCACCAGCAGGAACUAGUGAGCUCUUUGGAAAAAUAAGCGUGUUGAGUGUGCUCGCGUGCUACUUGGUGCGCGUGAGGGAGCCUAUUAUGCCAUUGCAUACGCACAUGCAACAUCGAC